ACGCCAACGGACGUCCACAGCACGGAGCCGAUGUGUGUGUCUGUGUGUGUAUGUUCGUUUCAGUUCAGUUUUCCCAUUUUCGUCUGCCGCUUUGCCAGUUCUUUAAGCAACGGUCAGUCGCGGAGCGAGACGGGAACGCGACGGGCAAGACACAAGUCGCCGUUAGCAGAAUUGAAAAAAAAGUAAAACAAAAAACGAAGUAACAACAAUACAAGGAAAACAACAACAACAACAGUGAAAACAAAAUGGAGUUUCUGAGAAUUUUAGUUGAGUGAAGUAAAGUGAAGUUAAAUAAAGUAAAGUAAUGCGAAGUAGUAAAUAUUUUAAUGCCCCAUAAUGCAACCUUAAAUUCUUGCAAAGGGGCACAGAGAGAGCGGAAGAUUCUAAAUGGAAGCUAGGGAAUUGAAACUGUCUGAAAUUAGAAAAGUCGAGAGAUUAAAAUGGGAAUUACUCAUAAGCCAGGCUGCGUAAAUUUUACGCCCUGAAGCACAAUUUGAGAAAGUUUCAAAUCUUUCUGAAAUCUAAAUUUGAACCAUAAUAAAUUGCGCUCAUAAACUUUUAAUUUCAAACGGGACCUUCAGAGCCUAGAAUUAUAUGCAAAUUAGAAUCACCUUCAAUCCGAAACAUUAUAGUUUUUAUGGAACACGAAACUGCUUGCGAGAAACAAAGUUAGCGCUAUAUGGUUUAGUUCUUGCCAAAGUGCGUUGGGUAAACAAACAGUUAAAACGUGACUUUGGCCAGGCCGUGUGGAGACCUAAAUAGGCUUCUUUGGCUUCACACAGGAAGCAGGUGCAAACAGGGCAAAGUCCCCACACAACUGGCUAAAGCGUGUUACCAAUUGCUAAGUGGUCGACUAGUAAGCUGGCAGUGACAGUCACCAGCUGAGACAUGUAAUCAACGGGACCAUCAGCCAUUUUUGGGGCGCGUUUAUCGUGACUAAGUUAAAGCUCAUAUUAGGGCACAAGGUCAGUGCUGAACUGACCUGCGGCUAGUUGAAUAAGGUCUACUUUUAGGCCGUCCAAAUAUGUUGAUUCAAUCGUGGCUUAAGGGCAAGCUGCAGCCAAAUAUGGGAUAUGUUUUAAAGAAGUUCUACUAACUUGUAAAAAUCCUAUACAUUUUAUGCUGGUGGAAACAUUUUUAAGAAAAAGUUUGUUAAACGCAAUCAAGAAAACAUUUACCCAAACAUAAAAAGUGACGAUUUUAUUAUGAAAACUGUGAUUAUCAAAAGCAACGCUGUGAUUGGACAGUUUCUGAUUGAAGUUUCCAAUGCCUAAUGAACAUUCCGAUGUAAAUAUGCAUUUAAAUUAGAAUAUCAGAUUCUGUCUAAAGAGCUAUAGAUAGAAAGAUAUAUACAUAGCUAGAUCGAUAGAUAUAUCUAGUUUUGGCGCGAAUUAGCUUUAAGCCCUAACUUAUGAAAUGCUCAAUUCGCAGGCCUAUAAAUAUAGAGAACUUACUCGCGUGAUGUAUUUCAGUCUAUGGACGUACGCGCUUUAAGCGUAUAGCCGAGGGACACUUUGUGCUUGUGAACCAAGGCUAUAUGCAUUUCAAAUGGGCAACACUCUCGCAACAAUGAAGGCAAAAGUAAACAAAAGGGGCGUGUCCAAAAAAGUAACAACAACAGUGGAAACACAGCAACAAAAGAGACCCCGCUCCCCCCCAAAAAAUAAAAAGGAACGCAAUUGUCGCAUGCGCCACUGGGCUGGGCCGUAGUGGGGCCCAGGCAGUGGCAGGCAUGCAGGCCAACAGACCGUGUACAUGACGUCAUAAAGCAUAUUAAAUGAGUUAGCACGAGAGCUGCACUGCAUACUUUCAGGCAUGUGAGCUGCUGUCGCUGCCGCUGUUGCUGUCGUAGCUGGCAAAUGGCGACACUGAAAACCCAUUAACAAACGCCUAAUGACGCACUCGAGACACGGACAGGGUCGCCGCGGGGGGCGGUUGGUUGGGUUAGUCAAGCUGAUAAUGAGAAUGCUGAGAGGUAACAAUUAAAUGGACAUGUGCGGCACCACAGCGCACUUAAACUCUUGCUAUAUCUCCGUUCUGCUCUCUCUCCCGCUCUCUCUCGCUCUCUGUUUUUGUCACAUAAUGAAAUUGAAAUAUUAAAUAUUCAUCUAAUGCAAGAAAAAUCACAUCAUCUUUUGCGUGCCAUAUAAAAUGUUCAACAAAAGAGCAAUUUAUCAGCAUCCCAGAAGUAUGCUACAGAAUGUGUGAACAACAACAACAACAACGACUAAAAAACAACAACAACUGUAAUAACAAGAAAAGCACACGCGUGUAAUUUGUCAAACGGCAGACACAGGCACGCACACACACAACUCACACACACACACACACAAGCACCUACGCAUAAAACCGUGUCAGGUGCGCGCGCGUGCCUGUGCGUGCGUCUAAAAACGCGCGCGCUUUUUAACGCUUGCACUUAAAUAAUGGAUCCGGACACAGGAUUUAACCGUGUAACCUGUUAAAUGGUGAUCCUAACAUAUUAAAGUAUUUUACACCCCUCUUGCAAAAUGGCGAUGAAAAUAUCGUACGUGUGGAUGUGAAUUUCCGGAAUUUAUGCCUCUGCAGUUUUCCAUCGAUUUUCAUCUUGCGCCAACAACAGACUGGGGAUGAAAAGCCAAACAUAUAAAACGGAUUUGAUAUUCAAAAAAUAUGCAGAAACAAGAAAAAAGGCGCGAGCUGCGCCUAAAGCGAUUCUGGCGCUCGCCAAAAACAACAUCCUCGGAGGAUUCGAAUGGCUAUGAGAGCCCGACCCGAACAAAACCAGCCAGCGAUGCACAGCGUUUCAAUCAUCUGCACUACACCAGCCUCUCCCAGGGGUCGGGCACCACCUCAUCCUCCACAGCGGCAGCAGCAGCUGCAACGGGCAAUGGAGCAUCGAGUAGCAACAAGCCAUCCUGUUCGCUGCCGCUGCUGCAGGUGUGGCCCAGCCAGCCGCUUUUGCGCCAGGAGGGCUUCGUACAGUUGCGCCGUAACAGCGGCCCCGAGGGCCAGCGGGACUCACCGCGCGGCGAAGCGGAUGGCCAAUCUUUCAUCUUUCCCGCCAUUGUGGAGACAACUGUCGGCAGCACCAAUGUUGCAUCCACCAGCAGCAACAGCAACAACAACGAUAACAACGACAGCAACAAUUCCGGCAGCAGACGCAGCAACAAUCACCUGACACUGAGAACAGAGCGGCGCAGCUCCUUGUACUGUGAUACCCUGCACGCAGGCGAUUCUGGCAUAGAUUCCGUGCAGGCAUCGCCCUCACCGAACGCGUUUAUAGCGCCGCCGGGCGUACAUGGACUGCCCAGUGGCCAAACGGGCGGCGGAUCGUGUCAUGUGUCGCCGACAAGCACGCCCACGCAGGGCUCGCCGAAUCUGUCGCUGGGUCGGCGGCACAUGCGAAACAGCAUCUGUGUGGUGUCCAGCGGAGGAGGUGCCAAUUAUCGGCGGAAAUCGAGUGCGCUGCUGCAUCCGGAUCAUGCGCGUCUAUUUGCGCUCCGAAUGAAGCAUGCAGCGGCCCUGGAGCGGGCGCAAACCUCACCGGAUCAGACAUCCAUUGAGGAUGCAAAUGAGUUCCAUGACAAUGGGCUGGCCACCAAUUUGCGUUUGUGCUCGGCCUCGUCGUCGACGACGUCGUCGCUGACAUCCGUGGCAGCGGUCAGCCUGGGCGGGGGUGUGGCAGCUGCUGGUGUCGGUGGCAGUGGGUGUGGCAGCAGUGGCGGCAUUGCCACCGCCAGCAGCGGCGCCUGCUCCUCCUCCGCUUAUGCUGUCGGGGCGGCGGGCGCACAGCAGCGAGUCUCCGAUCCUUGGCUGCAGCCACAAUCCGAUCGUGACUCGCGACACGGACAUCAACACGAUGGACGGCGGCGUUCAUCGACAAUGACCGCCCGUUAUUCACUCUUCGAUGCACUCGAUCUGGAGUACGUGCUGCUCCGGGCGGCGGCGCGCGGCUCUGUGGGUCCCUACUCGCUAAGCGAGUCCAUACACAAAUUGACCUUCACACAGUCGCUGGCAUUUCCAGCGCUGGCGCGCGGUCUGGCCACCAAGCGCCGGAGAUCGGCUACGCACACCAGUUCCAGGCCGCUAAAUCCGCACGAAUCGGGCUUGAAUACGUGCGCAAAGGUUGUAACCGCUGUGGUCCUGGUGGCCAUCUCGUUUAUGGUCUUUUUGAUUGUGUACAAAUUUGUGCGCACGUGAGGUUUGCUCCUGGCCCCGACGCCAGAUUUCUCCGUCACAUAUCAGACGAGUCCAAGCAAUGGGGUGGAUGCCUCCACCUCAUUCUUGUUGUCGUCCACAACGGCGGGUCGCAGUCUGGGCAAACAUUUGUCGGGGUUCAGGAGCCAAUUGGGCCUCAAAGAGGCCGACUUUGAGUAACACUCAGCGGAAAUUGUAAAAUGCAGUAACGAAAAAUUUGUGAUAAACUUUUCAAA